AUGGCUUCAAAAACUGCAAUGGUUAUACUUGCUGAAGGAGCCGAAGAAAUGGAAACUGUCAUUCCGGUUGACGUUUUGAGACGAGCUGGAAUUGAGGUUACUAUUGCUGGUCUUUUGGAUAAAAAUGUAGUGAAAUGUUCGAGACAAGUGAUGAUUGUGCCUGACAAGGCUUUAUUCGAAGUGGCAGAUAAGAAAUUCGAUGUUGUGAUCUUGCCAGGUGGUUUGCAAGGAGCAAAUUCUCUUGCAGCAUCAGAUGAAGUGGGUACCAUACUUCGAGCUCAGCACGAAAGUGGUCGUUAUAUAGCUGCGAUAUGUGCCGCACCGAUCGCUCUAAAAAGUCACGGUAUUGCUCCGGGUAUAUUGUUGACUUCACAUCCAAGUGUUAAACCGAAGCUUGUGGAAGGCGGAUAUAAAUAUUCUGAAGAUCGUGUGGUUACAACGGAUCAUAUAGUGACUAGCCGCGGUCCAGGAACUGCAUUAGAAUUUGCAUUAAAAUUGGUCGAGUUACUUGUUGGGAUGGAAAAAGUCAAAGAAGUUGCCGUUCCAAUGGUCGUCAAAGAAUAA